CAGCAAUCCUUAGAUAUCAAUGGCUUGAACAAUGUCGAGGGGCGUGGUGACUUCUGUUGAUGGAUGCAACGAAAUAUCACCUAUUCUCUCUGUUAGAGAGUUUUUCGAUAAGUGCCGUCUCUCGUUAAACCGAGAAGCUUUGGAUUGUCAACCACCAGAUGAAGAGAUAAGUUUCGAGAGUUUGGCUGCAGCAUUGGGCGUGCAAGAGGAGACAGUGAGACAGCUCAGCGAUAUUUGCCAUGAAGACAAGUUGGUGUGUCCUGCUCGGCCAGAAUAUCUGGAAGACUUUGAUGUUGUGAAUGAUGGUAUUCCUGAAGGUGUUGAUCUGAUGUCUCUGAGGGAGGUAAAGCGUUUACAAGAAAAGAAGAAACCUGUAAAGAGUCGGGCGAAGAACGAAAAGGAAAUCAACCAUAUGCCAUCAGAAGAGCUUCAGAAAAUGUUUGGAACUCAGGUGCAGAAAUUUGAGCCGAUAGAAAAGCCUGAAGUCGUUCUGACUAUCACUGUCUAUCAAGCAAACAAUAUGAGAGUUCACCGAGAGUACCUUUUCUUGUCUAGCCAGCCGUUAUAUGCCCUAAGAGACUGUGUUGUCUGCGACAGUGACAACAUCGUAUCGACAGACCACAGUGAGAAUCCGUGGGACACCGAUGCUCAGAUAAGAAAUAAAGAUGUUUGCAAGUCGGCCUUUCUAUUCAUUGAGAACAUCUUCUAUAUUGACAAGCGAGAUCCAACAGCAAGAGAUUACAGCCGAGUAAUCAUGGACUGGGCUUCUCGUCGCUCACUAAAAACUCCAAAUGUUGGCAAUAUGACGUCUCGUCUCAUGGAAGGUGUCACUUUUCGAGAUAUCAAUAUCAGACUCGGAUUUCCAUAUCUCUACUGUCACCAAGGCUCUUGUGAACACCUUGUCAUUUUCAAAGAUAUCAGGUUGUUGCAUUGCAGCGACCCCCAGAAUAGACUGCUAUAUCCAUGUAUGACAUUUAGAACACGAGAGUACAAAACAAGAUGCAUGAUAUGCAGGAUAUACCUAGCAAGAUGGAUUACGGUCAACGACGAAUUGGCAAUGCAAGAUCCGAGCUUUUUCUGUAAGAAAUGCUUCGAUGCCUUACACUACACAGAAGACGGACAGAAAGUGUGUAAGUUUGAAGCCUAUCCUAUUAUGAAUCCUGAGAAAAACCAAGAAAAUUAGAGACAUUACUGUUAUUAUUAUUGCUAAAACUAUUAAUUACAUACGAAAUGUAAAGCAACUACAUGAA